ACGUGGCAGGGGGUGGGGCGGAGAAGGCGCUGUGCUUAACUAGCGCCCCCAUCCACCAUGUUUUCUGACCGAUUCUAGUUUGGUUGUGUUUUUUUUUUUUUUUUUUUGCCUCAAGCCCAAAUGGAAAUGGCCGGAGAGCUCCAAGGAACCUAAGGGGCCCCGGCCUCGGCUGAGCCUGGGCUCCCGCGCAAGCGCGGUGGGAAGAGCCUAGCAGGUCUUCGUGGAGAGAGGCGAUGGCGUCCAGCAGUAACUGGCUGUCCGGGGUGAAUGUUGUGCUUGUGAUGGCAUACGGGAGCCUGGUAUUUGUACUGCUGUUUAUUUUUGUGAAGAGACAAAUCAUGCGUUUUGCAAUGAAAUCUAGAAGAGGACCUCAUGUCCCUGUGGGACACAAUGCUCCCAAGGACUUAAAAGAGGAGAUUGAUAUUCGACUCUCCAGGGUUCAGGAUAUCAAGUAUGAACCCCAGCUCCUUGCAGAUGAUGACACAAGACUACUGCAGCUGGAAACCCAGGGGACUCAAACAGGUUGCUACAACUAUCUGUACAGGAUGAAAGCUCUAGAUGCCAUCCGUGCCUCGGAGAUCCCAUUUCAUGCUGAAGGCCGGCAUCCCUGUUCUCUAAUGGGUAAGAAUUUCCGCUCCUACUUGCUAGAUCUGCGAAGCACUAGCACUCCAUUCAAGGGUGUACGUAAGGCCCUUAUUGAUACCCUCCUGGAUGGAUAUGAGACAGCCCGCUAUGGGACAGGGGUCUUUGGCCAGAGUGAAUAUUUGCGGUAUCAGGAGGCCUUAAGCGAGCUGGCCACUGUGGUCAAAGCACGAAUUGGGAGCUCUCAGAGACAACACCAGUCAGCAGCCAAAGACCUAACUCAGUCACCUGAAAUGUCGCCAACAACCAUCCAGGUCACAUACCUCCCCUCCAGUCAGAAGAGCAAACGCCCUAAGCACUUCCUGGAACUGAAGAGUUUUAAGGACAACUAUAACACCCUGGAGAGUACUCUGUGAUGGAGCUGUAGAUGCCACCUGUGCGGCUUCAGGGUCUCUGGUCAGCAGGCCCAGACUUCCCAGAGUUCUCACAGAGCUAGGUCUAAAGGUCAUUCCCCAGCCCUUUCUUAAGAGGCAUUUUCAAGUAUUGGCCAAGACCUCAUUAUCUCCCAGUAGCACUUUUUCUGGAUUUGAAUUCAAGUGUCAUUAAUGUUUGUCAAAGCUUCCUUGGAUUACUUCACUUGUUUUUGGCUGUAAUUUACUUACCCUGUUCAAUGCUGUUUAGUCCCAAAGGUGUAAACUGAGGUGAGAUGUCUGCUGUGUCUACCCUAUUGCACUCAUUUGAAUAGAAAUAUUUGGGUUUAGAGCAUCUCAGAUUGAUUGGUGGAAAAGUCUGGCAAAGCUUCAUGAGGAAAAGGGAGUGAGGAAGUGGGUAGAAUGUCCUCUGGGAAUUUGGUGCUCCCUUUAAACCAGGUGUAUGAACAUGACUUUCCUGAAGUGGAAAGAUUUGUCCCACCUUCACCCAAUACUGUUAUGACAAGUAAAAAGAAUGUUCUAGCACUUGGGAUCACCUAUGCCAAGAUGAUGAGACAAUGUGAAGUGAUUUCCUCUAAUGUCAGUUUACAAAUUAUUUAAUAAAAUUAACUACUGAAAAAACCAUGAUUUUUUCUUUUGGAGACAGGAUUUCUCUAUGUAGCCCUGUCUUGUCUUGGAACUCGCUCUGUAGACCAGGCUGGCCUUGAACUCGUGGGGAUCCACCUGCCUCUUCCUCCAGUGCUGGGACUAAAGGUGCAUCACCACUUCCCGGCCAUGAAUCAUUUAAAGUGGGUUUUAGAACAACGGUCAUUUGAUGUGUGUCUGCAUUUCCCUUACAGGACAUAGGGUGAAGCUUUGCUGCCAGAAACUGGUUGGACUAUGUGUCUGGAUCUAGACUCUGCAGGUAGUCUGAAAUCCUGAAAUAGGGACUCCGUGACUCUUGCUCAUAAUAGCCUGGCCUUGUCACUAAUAGAAAGCUGGAGAACCCGGAUUCCCUUUAGGUCACUAGGACAACAGGCCAAGUAACCAGUCAUCUCCCAGGACCAGGGUCAUUGUUGGACGCCUAGCUGUUGCUAUGACUACUGAAACCUUAGUGACCAAACUAAACAGAAAGGAGAGCCUUCCCGGUGGCCUCAGAAACACCCACCAUGUCUGUAGAUAUGUCUGCGGAGAAAAUGACGAAAGUAGAAGAGACUUUGCAAAGAGCCGUGGCACUUAAGAAGCUGGUCAACAGCCAGGUCCAAGGGAACACAGGGAUGGGGAGGCAUCCAGAGACGGAGAAGGAGCGUUAAAGAGCCAGCGCCACACACUUCACUGCCUUCCCUACCAGGUCCGUCAAGCUGCCUUACACGAGCUGUUUGAGAAGGAACAUCAGCAGUACCAGCAGGAACUCAGUCGGAUGGGCAAAGCUUUUUAUGAGGAGAGACUCUGAGGCUGCCCAAACACUGCUCUUCCCUCAUGCCUGCCAACCCAGCCUCUAGUCUCUACCGGGGGCUUCCCAAAACAAACCUGGACCUGGGACUUAAGACCACCCCUUUUUCGCGGUCAAGUCAACCCAAAUGUCGCCUCGGGGAAAACAAGAGUGACGCCUUGUGGUUAGCGUGGGAUAUGCAGUGUCGGAAGGGGAGAGGCUGUACAAUGUCUGGUUUAAAAAAGUUGUGAUUUGGUUUAACAAAUAAAGCUAACUCUUAAAUAUUUA